AUGACCGAUUUAAUAUAUAAAAGAAAUGAAAAGUCACUAGGUUUGCUAACCACGAGGUUUGUUUCAUUGUUGCAAAAAGCUAAGGAUGGCGUUUUAGAUUUGAAAAUAGCGACUGAAUUGCUGGCUGUGCGGCAAAAGAGAAGAAUAUAUGAUAUUACUAACGUAUUGGAAGGUAUUGGGUUAAUAGAAAAACGCAGUAAGAAUAGUAUACAAUGGAAAGGUGUCGGUCCAGAUUGCAAUACAACAGACAUAGGAGAAAGAGUCACUUUAUUGAGAAGACAGAUUGGACGCCUUGAAGAACAUGAAAUAUUGUUGGAUAAACACCUUCACUAUAUAGAACAAAGCAUUAAAAAUGUAAUGGAUGAUGCGGAUAAUGAAGCUUUGACAUAUGUUACUGAAAGCGAUGUAAAACAAUGCUUUAAGGACAGUCAAGUAUUAGUUUUAGAAGUUCCUCUAGGAGCUAAUUUGGCAGUUAGUUCUCCAUCUAAUAAGGACAACGAUCAAUUUUACAGCUUACAUGUAAAGUCUACUCAACAAGUUGGUGUCAUACUUUUGUGUGAUAUGGAGAAAGAAAAGAUAAUGGAAGAAAAUAUGGUUGACAGUGAAGUACAGAGUUAUACAGAUAAUAGUGAAAAUAUGUAUCACAAUUCAAAUUAUCUUCUCAGACUGAGUCCACCAGUAACCAAACAUGACUUUUCAUUUUCAUUGCGUGGUUCUGAAGGAUUAUGCGAUUUAUUUGACAUACCUUGUUAG